GCUCAGGGGCGGGGGCAGAGGGUAGUAAGUGGGCGGGGGCCGCGGCCCGGACGCCUGAGUCGCGGCGGUAGCUGCGUGCCGGCCUGGUGCGAUCCGCCCGUGUCGGGCGGGAUGAGCUAUGGCAUCCGUCAAGGUGGCCGUGAGAGUCCGGCCCAUGAAUCGCAGGGAAAAGGACUUGGAGGCCAAGUUCAUUAUUCAAAUGGAGAAAAGCAAGACAACAAUCACAAACUUAAAGAUACCAGAAGGAGGGACUGGGGACUCAGGAAGAGAACGCACCAAGACCUUCACCUAUGACUUUUCUUUUUAUUCUGCUGAUACAAAGAGUCCAGAUUAUAUUUCACAAGAAAUGGUUUUCAAAACCCUGGGCACAGAUGUCGUGAAGUCUGCAUUUGAAGGUUAUAAUGCUUGUGUCUUUGCAUAUGGGCAAACUGGAUCUGGAAAGUCAUACACUAUGAUGGGAGAUUCUGGUGAUUUGGGCUUAAUACCUCGGAUCUGCGAAGGGCUCUUCAGUCGGAUAAAUGAAACCACCCGGUGGGAUGAGGCAUCUUUUCGGACUGAAGUCAGCUACUUAGAAAUUUAUAAUGAACGUGUGAGAGACCUGCUUAGGCGGAAGUCAUCUAAAACCUUCAAUUUGAGAGUCCGCGAGCAUCCAAAAGAAGGACCUUAUGUUGAGGAUUUAUCCAAACAUUUAGUACAGAAUUAUGGUGAUGUGGAAGAAUUGAUGGAUGCAGGAAAUAUCAACCGGACCACAGCAGCGACCGGGAUGAACGAUGUCAGUAGCAGGUCUCAUGCCAUCUUCACCAUCAAGUUCACUCAGGCAAAGUUUGACUCAGAAAUGCCGUGUGAAACCGUGAGUAAGAUCCACUUAGUUGAUCUUGCUGGAAGUGAGCGUGCCGAUGCCACCGGUGCCACAGGAGUCCGGCUCAAGGAAGGAGGGAACAUUAACAAGUCCCUUGUGACUCUGGGAAAUGUCAUUUCUGCCUUAGCUGAUUUAUCUCAGGAUGCAACAAACCCUCUUGUAAGGAAGAAGCAAGUUUUUGUGCCUUACAGGGACUCCGUUUUGACGUGGUUGUUGAAAGAUAGCCUUGGAGGAAACUCUAAAACUAUCAUGAUUGCCACCAUUUCACCUGCUGAUGUCAAUUAUGGAGAAACCCUAAGUACUCUUCGCUAUGCAAAUAGAGCCAAAAACAUCAUCAACAAGCCUACCAUUAACGAGGAUGCCAACGUCAAACUUAUCCGUGAGCUGCGAGCUGAAAUAGCCAGGCUGAAAACACUGCUUGCUCAAGGAAAUCAGAUCGCCCUUCUAGACUCUCCCACAGCUUUAAGUAUGGAGGAAAAACUUCAGCAAAAUGAAGCGAGAGUUCAAGAAUUGACUAAGGAAUGGACAAACAAAUGGAAUGAAACCCAAAAUAUUUUAAAAGAACAGACCUUGGCCCUUAGGAAGGAAGGGAUUGGGGUGGUUUUGGAUUCUGAGCUGCCCCAUCUGAUUGGCAUCGAUGAUGACCUUCUGAGCACUGGAAUCAUCUUAUAUCACCUGAAGGAAGGUCAGACAUAUGUUGGAAGAGAAGAUGCUUCAAUGGAACAAGAUAUUGUUCUUCAUGGCCUUGACUUGGAGAGUGAGCACUGCAUCUUCGAAAACGUUGGGGGAACAGUGACGCUGAUACCCCUAAGUGGGUCCCAGUGCUCUGUAAAUGGUGUCCAGAUUGUGGAGGCCACGCACCUAAAUCAAGGUGCUGUGAUACUCUUGGGAAGAACCAAUAUGUUUCGUUUUAAUCAUCCAAAGGAAGCUGCCAAGCUCAGGGAGAAGAGGAAGAGUGGCCUUCUGUCCUCCUUCAGCUUGUCCAUGACUGACCUCUCGAAGUCCUGUGAGAACCUGUCCGCAGUCAUGUUGUACAACCCUGGUCUUUUCCCUGUAAAAGGACCCAUCUGUCUAAGACUUGAAUUUGAGCGACAACAGCGUGAAGAACUUGAAAAAUUAGAAAGUAAAAGGAAGCUGAUAGAAGAGAUGGAGGAAAAGCAGAAGUCGGACAAAGCAGCCCUGGAGCGCAUGCAGCAGGAGGUGGAGACACAGCGCAAGGAGACGGAAAUCGUCAAGCGGGAGAUUCGCAAGCAGGAGGAGAGCCUCAAGCGCCGUAGCUUCCACAUCGAGAACAAGCUCAAGGACCUGCUGGCUGAGAAGGAAAAAUUUGAGGAGGAGAGGCUGCGCGAGCAGCAGGAGAUUGAGCUGCAGAAGAGGAAACAGGAGGAAGAGAGCUUUCUCCGUUGGCUCCAGGAACUCAGCAGCAGUGAGCAGGCCGAGAAAAUGGAGAUAUUCCAGGAGCUGGGCCGGCUGCAGCGGGAAAAAGAUGAGCAGUGCACCAGGCUGGCUAUGGAGAAGCAGAGGCUGGAGGAGCAGGAGAAGGAGCAGGUGCUGCUAGUGGCCCAGCUGAAGGAGCAGCUGCGAGAGAGGGAGGAGCUGGCCCCCCUUCAGCGAAGCAUGGUCCUGCGGGCCCAGGAGGAGAAACAUGAGCUCGAGGGCAUCAGGGCAGUGCUGCUGCAGGCCAGGGAGGCGCCAGCUACAAGGGACAUGGGUGGCCAGGAGCCAGAAGCGGGCCAGCUGCGUUUCCUAGAGUUCAAGAGACGGCAGCUAAUCCAGCUAGCCACUGCAGAGCAGGAGCUGGCCCAGCAGGAACACCUCCUGAGUAAAGAAGUCCAGGAAGAGCAGGAAGUCCUGGAGCGCUUACAGUGUGAAAAAGACAUGGACUCCAGGUUGCUGGCAAAAAACGGUGGUAGUGGCCCAGGUAUCUCUCAGGUGGCUCACGAUUUAGAGAAAAUAAAGGCAGUAGAAUGCAGGCUGCGGUAUAAGGAACGCCAGCUAGAGGACCUCCUGCAAAAUCAGCUGCCAGCUCUGUUGGAAGAAAAGCAGAGGGCGCGUGAAGUCCUUGACCAGGGCCCACUCAGCUUGGACAACACUUUGUAUCAAGUGGAGAAAGAAAUGGAAGAAAAAGAAGAGCGGCUUGCCCAGCACCAAGCCCAUGCCCGCCAGCUGCAGCAGCUCCAGGCCACCUUCGAAUUCACCACUAAUGUUGCGAGACAAGAAGAGAAAGUGCGGAAAAAGGAGAAGGAGAUUCUAGAGUCCCAGGAGAAGCAGCAGAGAGAGGCACUGGAGCGGGCAGUGGCCAGGCUGCAGCGCAGGCACUCAGCUUUGCAGCAAGGCCCUGCCCUGGGCCUGGAGGUUGAGGAGCAGAGCAGCAACAGCGAGCAGACUGAGCUCCUGGCUGGCCUGGAAGGUGAUCAGGAGGCCUUGGAGACAGAGCGGGACAGAAUCAAUGCUUACAUUGAAGAAGAAGUUCAAAGGCGUCUUCAGGAUUUGCAUCGUACAGUUGGUGAUGCUCGGACUACUUCUACAGAUAUGACAAAGGAUAAUGAGAAACUUCACAAUGGCACUAUUCAACGUAAGCUAAAAUAUGAGCGGAUGGUUUCUCGCUCUUUGGGAGCAAAUCCGGAUGACCUGAAGGACCCAAUUAAGAUUAGUAUUCCACGCUAUGUCCUCUGCGGGCAAGGGAAGGACGCGCACUUCGAGUUUGAGGUCAAGAUUACUGUCCUAGAUGAGACAUGGACUGUAUUCAGGCGUUACAGUCGUUUUCGAGAAAUGCAUAAAACAUUGAAGUUAAAGUAUGCAGAGGCCAAGCACCUGCCCCGCUGGUACCAUGCUCUCCAGCUCUUGAGGCCUCCUGCAGAUGGCGCUGUUGCCAGUUGCGGCUUGCCUUGGCUUACACAAGCAAUACAGGAAAACCAGUGUAGAAAACUAGGAAUUUUCACUCCAUGCCCUAUUUCUAAACCAAUAAUAAUAGCGACUUGGGAUUUUUAAGAAGUCUAAGGGCACAGUAGCACAUCCUCUCAACUUAGAUGAAUCUUAUUUCAGUCCAAAGAGAACAGCCUUAUUCUUGUAAUGUUUUUGAGAAGUAACUUAAAUAUCAAGUUGAGUAUCAGCUGUGUACUUUUCUGUGAACUUGGAUUUUCUUUUGUGCAGCUCGGCUUCAGAGCUAAGAAGCGUGUGCUGGGAGUUGAGAUCAAUAUAUUUAUUAAGUAUGUGUCAAGUAUUAUUGUUAUCUUAGUGCUCAUAUGACUAGCAUACUAUAAUGUUAGUAUGGAAGUACUCAGCUCCCUGCAGAUGGUCUGUUUGGUCUGAACAUACCCUAGCAGUCACUGGACUUGUUAAAGGGAUAACUUCUUCAGGAAAGCCCAGAGGCUGUACAGAAAGUUCUUGGGAAUUUCCUCUCGUGGCCGCCUGUUUCUAAGCCAAGUGGGAACCUGUUUUAUUACCCUCACUCCUUCAUCAGGUUGGCUUAUCGUUUCUAUGGAAGUAGAAAACUUCUCAUUCUCAUCAUUGCAAGGGUAACAAAAUGUUUGAUGAUGAAUUUUAAACUGUGUGUAUUAAAUUUACCUAGUCAUACAAAACUCCAAAUUUUACAUCAGUUUGAAAAAAAUACUGAAGCACACACAUUGGAACUUAGAAUAUUCAGAAUCUGUAAUAUGCUUGCCAAGGUGGAGAAUCUCUUUAUCACCUUAAAACUUCACAUCUAGUCACAGCCUGUAAUAUUUUGGAACUUUGUCUAAAAUUAUAUCUUGUUCCUUCACAUUUCCAUUUGGAGUUUAGCCAUGUUCUCCUAGGGGAUAUAUUUUAAAGCAGUUUGAUGUGCUAGUUUCCUUGGUAGAGAUGUUUUUCUUUUAGUAAUCUUUUUUUUCCCCCAAAUAAAAGAUUGUAUGUUCAUGAUAAAUGUUUGACAUUAAAGGUGUGUGUGUGUGUGUGUAUGUGUAUGUGCAGAAAGAGACUGAAAGCUUGUCUUACUAUGUCCCUUAGAGGUGUCCAUUGCAAUGCACAUCAGGAGAUCUUCUUGGGUCUAAGUGGACUUCCAGACACAAGGCUGUUGUAGCCCAUAUUCAUAGUUAGGGUACCUGGGAAGGGUGCGCUACAGGAAUCCCUGCUUGCUGGCAGGACAGAGGCCUUGGCAAGGGUCCCCCAAUCUCUGCAGCACUCCAAACAGCUGUCUUGGAGCUGGGCCUCUUGUCCCAUCUCUCCCAGGUCAUAGCUUGGGUGCAUGGAGGUGAGACCCACAUGGGCAGGUUCAAGGACCCCAUGCUACAGGGAGGCAGAAUCUCUCAGACCAGCUCCCAUAGGUAGAACUGCCAGAAUCCUAAUCAGAAGGAGGCACACAGAGCUACCUGUCACCUCACCUGCAAAAGCCUGAUGUGAAACUGCUCACCAGGUAGCUGUCCUGAUACACUUUGUCAGUGGGGGUGGCUGGCUUGAAAUAAAGUUGGUAUAACCCCUGGUUAGGGUUCAAAAUCCUGCUGGUGGACUAUUGGGAACUUUUUAGAUUUUCAUGACUGCUUUUCUGAACACUCUCGAAUAUCUACGUGUCUUCUGAUCCCCACAUGAAACUUCCUCUGUUAGAAAAUUUGAUAAUUGCUCAAACAUCUUUCAAAACAUUUUAGCCUUUUGAAAGCUCUCAAUCUGGUUUAACCUGAAUUCCUAAUCCAUAUUUGAUAUGAGCAGGAUUGGGAGUAGUGAGAGGAUUGAUGCAGUUAGGAAAACCAGGAUAAAGAAGGAAUAAACAGAAUGUGGGCAGGCUGAGCACUCUGAAGUCCGUCCCUGUUGAGAGAAUAUUGCAAGAAUGCCGUAUCCAUCCCCUGAUAAAGUCUGCGUGGCUGUUUGCUUACCGUCCGGGAGUUGGUGAUUUACUGCAAGGUCUCCUGAAGGAGAAGGAUGCGCUGGUCAGCUGAAGACUCUGCAGGGAGCUUUCUCUGCACAUGGCUGGUGAGCCAAUUAAAAGAACGGGCAGCUAUGAUCACUAGAUGGUAUCCCUCAAGAAAACAGGAGCUCAGGGUUAUUACCAGAAUGAACGAAUGAAUUGAGAAGACAAAAAACCACUGGGUUCAAAAAACUGCAUGGAGCAGGGUGGGAGCAGAAAACUUCAGUUGUAUGGCGAUAGUAGGAAUUUUUGGAAGGAAGAAGGAAAACUUGGUCCAGUGCUGCUGAAGAACUGAUUCACUGCCCAGGACUUCAGGCCACAUGUGAGUGCAGUGCCCUCUACUGCUUCAGAGACAUCACAGGAGCAAGCAAUGUCCUUCCCCGUGGACUGCUGUCGAUACCUGGGGUUUUUCAAAGUGUCUAUUUUUAUUUGUUGUCUUUAAUCCUAGCAGUUUCUUCCGGAUUCCAGAUAGGUUCCCCGUUUGGUUUUGAAUUGACAGAUAGCAUGAAAGAUGCUAGCUUCCUCUGUUCCUAAUUCUCCCCUCUCUUCGUUGACCUUGUAUGGAGUCCUCAUCACAUGAAGCCCUGUGAGAAACAGUGCCUGUCACGGUCUGUUUCUGCUGCUAAAACAAAAUAUUUCAGUCUGGGUGAUUGAAUAACAACAGAAAUUUGCUCUCAGUUUUAGAGCCCAAGAGGUCCAAAGGCUGUGAGAUCAAAGCAAAGCAGGUUCUUAGUCUGGUGAGGAACACUCCUUACGGAAUCUACCACAUCUGUAAGAUGGUAGCACCGCAGCUACUUUGUAAAAGAUUGUGAGAACCUCAGACAAUGCAUGUUAGUGAAAGCAGCUCUGAGUGGUCUUGCAGCAUCUGCCAGAGAGCAUGUCUUUGAAAUUUUAUCUUGCAAAUCAUUUCUAUAUGAAAAGCACACAAUUUUUUACUCUAUUAAAAUCUGUGCAAGCUUGUUAAAUAUCAGUCAAUUUAUUUUCUCAAGAACAAAGCCCUGUUAAGUGUUUUGUUUCUCUGGAGGAGGCAGAUUUACUAUUGAUGUCUUAAAUCCGUGGAGUUUGCUCAUGGAUCCAGAUCCCCAUGUGGUAGUCCUGCUGCACACUCAUCAUGAAGCUGAAGAGAGAAGCUUUUAACACCAUGUCCCUAAGCUUUCCUUAAGAUGUAUAGUGCAGACCUGGCCUCCCCACCCUCUUCACUGCUAACUGAGGGUUCCCAUUGUGCUUAAUAAAGUAUGUGACAUGAGGCCAGAAAGAGAUGGCUGAGGAGCUGCUGCUUCUCCAAGAUCAGAGAGGCCCAGAAUUGUCUGGUCUCAUAAAGGACUUUAUUUUAGUAGAUGUAACAGAAAUUCUCCUUUCCAAGUGCUAGACCUCACCAGACUGCCAGGAAUUGAAUGUCUGUGUUCCUCCCAAAUUUGCAGGUGAAAUUCAAUCCCCACUGUUGGUGUCAAGUUGCAGCCUUCAGGAGAUUGCCCUAGGAGUGGAUCCCUGAGGACCAGGCCUGAGGGGAGCUUAGCUCGGCUUCCCCACCACUUAAGGAUGUAGAAAGCACUCUCUGUAAGGAGUGUCCCUCACCAGACUCAGAACCUGCUUUGCUUUGAUCUCACAGCCUUCGGACCUCUUGGGCUCUAAAACUGAGAGCAAAUUUCUGUUGUUAUUCAAUCACCCAGACUGAAAUAUUUUGUUUUACCAGCAGAAACAGACGGUGACAGGCACUGUACCUCUCGGGGAAUCAUUUCAUAACAAACACGAUUAAACACUGGAACUGAACAUGGAGGACCUUUUUUAUAGUGCUCUUGGCCAGAAGGGCUGUAGCAAGGUGUGUUCUGCCUGCAGAUGAAAGGCUGAACAGUGACAUUCAAAUGUGCAGUGACAGCUAGUGCCAGGAACCUUGAAAAGAGGGUAAGUUCCAGGGGGGAAUGGAGCACACUGCUGUCUGCAUCAUAACUAAAUCAUCAGAGUUCACAGAAGAAUUCCAUGAGUCACGAGAGUCCUGAGUGUCAAGCACGAUCAGCCUCAACUAGAUGCACUAGAGGGCUCUCUUCCCCGGCAAAGCUGAAACUAUGUUGAGGACCUUUGAGGGAAAAUGAAAGAUUACUAUGUAAGAGUAAAUGUUUUUUCUUGCCAUGGCAUCUCUAGGGGUCCAGUGGUUAGCAGUGGGAGGGAAGAAAACAGGCAGUUAUUUUAUUUGUGUAUGGACUUUUGGUUUGUGCUGAUAGAACCAUUUCUCACCUGUUUUAUUUCCAAGUAAUUUACCCAAAGUAACACCAAAGAAAGACAAGAAACUAGCUGUUGGGCUCAUACCUGUCAACAGCUAUUCACAGCCCACCAUUGAAAUGCAUUCUGAGUGGUUUUUAAACCAUCUUCAUAUUUAAUAUAAAAAUUGCAAAUCCACUCACCACUGAAGCAAUAGCACUGCCAACUGUGGCCCCAGAGAGCAUCCAGUGAGCAUGAGAUAAAUUCAUUUGCACCAAGCACUCAGAUUCCUUGAGUUUCUAAACAGCAAGCAGCUGUGUAGGCCAGUAGAGGAGGCUGCCAGUUUUCUGACCUGUUAUGUUACCAGAGGCCCAGGAGUCUCAUUGUGUGGUUUGUUUCACACCAUUCUCUUCAGUUGGUAAACAGUAUUUAAAUCACCACUUUCAAGGAUCAGGGGAGAAGCAAAAAGCAUCUGAGUUACUUGGGAAACAUUUCCAAAAAACAUGAACUCAGGCCCUAAACUAGGAAAUUCUGAUCCAGUAAAUCUGAUAUGAGGUCUGGUCAUAGAUUGUUGGGAAAAUCAUCCCCCAAAUGAUGCUCGCUGGACCACUGAUUAAGAUACUGCCUGCCCUUUCACAUCUACCCACUAGUUGAUUUUUCUCUAUUAUAGAUUACUAAAUCUAAGACAUGAUAUCCAGUUACAAAUAAUCCUGGAUCUUGUAGACUUUACUGACAGACUAGUUUAGACCUAAAAAAAAUGAAGGAAAAAAUCUAGUCUCUUUGAUUGCCGGAGAUGUGGGCUUGCUUCAGAUCGUCCACUCUAAAAAGCAGAAAGCAAGCCUGGGGCUUUUUGCUCUGGGUGAGAUGCCCACGCUUCAGGGCCCUUAACUGAGUAGCCCAGCUUUGCAUUUUUUGCUUAAGACAGGAUCUCGUGGUGUAGUCCAGGCUAGCCCUAGACUUGCUACAAGACUCAAACUGGUUAUCCUCUGCAUCGCCUCCUGAGUGCUGAGGCUACAGGCAUGUAGCCCACACCCAGCUCAGCUUUGCCUUAUAGAAAUGGGAUACGAAGUCCUGGAGAGAAUUUUAUUCAAGGUCACAUUAAAACAUAGGAACGGGUGAGGUUCAUGUCUCCUGAUUCCUUGUCUCCUGUUCUUUGUCCAAGCCUCCUUGUAUCAUGACUAUGUUCACUCUGAAAGAGAAGAAUUUCAGAAUGUGCUAGAUGAGGCUGAAGAUGAGAAAAACCUGUUCCCUAUAAAAAUCUGUUACAUGGCGAGUCCUUGUGGAUGCAAACUAGACAACCAGAAAUUGUGUUCCAUCUACUGAAUGUCAUUACAAUGACAUGUUCUUGGCAUAUCUCAGUCCCUGAAAGAGAAAAUUAGCAUCAUAGUAAGAGAUGGGAAAAUAGAAGCAGUUGAAUUAAUUCUACUGCAUAUUUAUUUGUAAAAAUGCAAUAUUUAAUAUUCAGAGAUCUGGAUGUAUUUCUCUCAAAGAUUGUUGCUACAUACAUAAAUAUUCUUAGAUCAGUUUCCACUGGCUCAGGGCUGAGCGAAAUUGACACUGGCUUUGGGAAGAAAGAGACUUCAUGUGGAAAAGCUGCAGUCUUUAUGCCACAUAUAGCUGGAAGUUGACACAGCCCCAACUGCAUUUCAGAGUAGCCCCACUGACUCCAAGCUGAGCGCUUCAGUGACAAGCAGACAGCAGCAUCUGUUAGUGAUAUGUCCUGCUCAUGUUCGUUGCUGCUGUGCAUGGACCAUUCAGUGGAUGUCAUGAGACUCUACCUUGCCCAGAUCUGGCCAGGCACAGAGCAGGUGCUCAUGAGUUUGGUGGGGCAUGAGUUUAAGUGACCCUAUCAAGGAUCUGAAGAUAGCUCAUUGUGCCAUAACCCAUCCAGGGUGUCCUGAAGACUCACUGCUUCCUGCCUCUAACAAAUCAAACUUGGAGGAGAAUUGCUUAUUUGUUGUGAGUGUAUUUCUUCAUGACAGCUGUUCUUAUAAGGCUUUGGGAGCUGCUGUUAAUUUUGAGUAGUCAUGAAAGCUUCCAUCUAGUCAGCUGUGAGAAUUACAGCAGGCUUUUGAUGAGUUUUCAUUAUUUGCAUUUCUCAAAAGCUGGAGUAGCUGAAAUUUACAGCUACAAACCUGCAGGGUGCAGGUGUUUCAGAAAACUAUAUGUAGGUUCAUUCACUUAUGAAAGACAGGAUACAGCUGAUUUGACCCAUUAGAGUACCACAUUAAUUUUUUCUCUCUAAUCUUUAGAAAUAGAGUACUACUGUAGUUUGGUGGCCAAGUAUCACAGAAGUAAAGAAAAUGACUAGUAAAUGAGGAAUGGCUUUGAAGUACACUUUUAUUGAGUGUUAACACAAGUCAGAUAUUUUCCUUGUGUGAGCAGAAACUCUGUAAGUUCAUUAGUUCUCAGGUUUCUUUCAGUGAUUUAAAAUCCAGUUUUAGCUGCUUAAUUGUUAGAAAUCAUAAAAGAUAAGCAAGGUUUUUUAUUACUCAUUUUAAUUUCUUGUCUGUAUUAGACUGCCAUUAUAUAUAUUCAAAGUAGUAACGAUGGCAUUUAUCAAAACCUAAUGCUGUCUUUUGCCUCCAAGACCACCUGGACUUAAUACAGGAUCUGGCUAACCUUAAAAGUGAACUUGGCUAAGAGAGAAAAGCUUUUAAUUAAAGAAAACUUUUCCAUUACAUUUAAUUUGUCUUUUUGAUGGCAGCAGACUGGCCGACCCAUCUUAUGAUAAUGUAAUAAACGUUGAAGUCAGGAUUUGAGCUGUAUGACUCUUAGAAGAAAAUUGGGCUGUGUCAGUUCCCUGGAAAUCAAGCAGAAAAAUCAGCCUAUAGAUGAAACUUUUACUUUGUCUUGGAUUGUUAAGAAAUGUUGCAAUAUCAGGAGAAAACACUGAGAGUAUUUCUAUAUAUGUGCAUAGAUGGGUAGCCAGCUAACUUGGUAGACUGAUAAAUGGAUUCUCAGUGCUUCUGUUUUACCAGACUUGGGAUGCACAAAUAAAGUGCAGAAAAUGACUGUGCUAGUUUUAAGUAACUAUUAUGUGCUUUAUUUUGUUGAUGAUUCUCAUUCAAGUGUAUUUGCAGCCAGAAACUUAUAGGUCUGUUGGUUGAACAUUCACAAUAAAACUUAUUACUUUGGUUUUUAGAUUCCACAUAUACUGAGGAAAAGAAAGGAAAAUUUCAUGGAAAAUCAGUAGACCUCAAAAUUACUGAUUCCAUUUUUCUAAUGGCUUAUAUUUCAGCUCUUUUGUCUCUAGAACACAUUUUAUUUACUGAGUUGGAGAAUAAGCUUGUCUUUAUGUUCCUCUUGAACCAAAAAAUCUGUGCUAUUUUAAUCCUCGUUUGUUUCCUGUGUUUUAGUCUGCAUAAUCAAAUUUCAUAAUUAUGCAAAGUAGGCCAUAGGGCUGUUUUAAAAUUUCUUCCAGCACAUUCUGGAUCCAUCAUAUCUUCCACAAAUAUUCAGUGUUUUUGACCUCAGUCAUCAUUUUUUACUUUAAUAUACAGUUUUCCCGUAAGAGCACAAAUGUUUCUGCAUCAUUUCCCACUGCUGCUCUAAGGAUAAUGACUAUCACAGGAAAAGAUGCCAUUUUGAGGGUUUUCUCAUGAAUACUGCAUCCCCAUUUAUGCCUAUCCUUUUUCUGUCCUGUAACCUCUCGAAGAUUAGCAGGUUUCAUUAUUGUUACAUUGGGCUCCAUUUUCCCUUUGCACAUCUGAGGCUCCCUUCAAAUGAGAAUGCAAUGAAGAUUUUACAGGAAGUAAGAUACACUCCUCAAGAGUGAUAUAGGAGAGCCAAGAUAAUAGGUAAAAUAGCUCCAUGGUGCCUCAAGUGCCACUUGGAACUCUGCAUUGAGAGAUUUUAAUCACCAGACCUGAGUUACAGAAUUUCAGAGUGCAGGAAACUUAAACAUCUUAAUUCUGUCCCUUCACUUUAACAGAUGAUCAAAUUAGGACUUGGAGUGGCUUUAGGUAUUGUCCAACACUACACAACCAACUAUUUACUGAGCUGAGAUUUGAAAUCUGAUUGCCUCAAAUCGCAGGUGAUUAAAAGAAAGACAUAUGGUGUUAAUUUAGCUGUUCCAUUAAAUUUGUGAAAGGAAUAGCCACAUUUUACUGUUUCUAUAAAAGUGAUGCAUACUUUUUUUAAAUAAAAAUUGCACAUAAUACAAGGAAUAUAAGAAAGCAACAAAUUCAUUCUCUUUAACUAAUGAUACCACUUAAUGAACAUUACUUUAUCCAAAUGAAUGAGUACAGAUAAAAGGGUAGAUACAUAGAUUGAUAAAAAGGAAUUAAAAUGAGAGAAUAAAGAAAAGGAAUGAAAUAAUUUUAAAACAUUUUUUCAUUCUAGAAUACUGUUUAAAUACCAGUAUUAAAUUUAAUUUUACUUGGAUUUAAUACAUAUGAAAGAAAAUGAUGUAAAUUGAAAUGGCUAAACUUCAAAUUAAAAUUGCUCUACCACAAGAUGUAAGUCCUCUAAAAUAUAUGACUUUAAGGAAGAAAUUAUAAAAACAUUAAAAUGUUGAAGUCACUGGUUUUCAGAUGAUGUAUUACAUUAUCAGUUGAUUUCCAGCAGAGAUAAAAUGUUCUGCUUCCCAAUUUUUAAAUUUGUUAUUUUACACUGUCAAGAUAUAUAGCAUUUAUAUUCUUUUAUAAGUUAUGUAUAAUUCCCUCCAUGUGUGAGUUCAGGUAGAGACAGUAUUUACUUUACCCCAGAUUUUUAUGUGGUGGUGUCUCUCAGUUGGGGGUUUUUAGUCAUCCGGUAUGUUUUGAAAGAUACACUCCAAUGUGUAUUAUCUAAGUUUCUGUUUGCCUUUAUGUGUCCUGUGUACUCCAGAGAUACCUUGGUUAAUGUUUUAGGCCUUUUUCUUAUUGCUGAGACAAAAUACCUGACACUUGCAAUGUAAAGGAGGAGUGUUUACUUCAUCUCACAGCUUUAAAGGACUCAGUCCCUGGCCAGCUCCAAGGCAGGAAGGACCUGGCAGAGGACACCUGCACGCUUCAUGGCAGCCCAGAAGCAGUGAAUGGAGGGAGAGAGAGGCACCCUUCCACCUCACAGCCCAACUGACCGUCUCCUCUGAUCAGCCCCACUGCCUAAAGACACAGGCCUCUGUGGAAUCCACUGAAGAGACCGCACCCCAGGACCCAGUUACCCUCCUAAAGCGUCACCUCUGAACACAUGAGGCAUUUGGGGGACCCUCUAGAACUUGAGCCAUAACAGUUAGGUGUAAACUUCUUGGGUCACAGUUUUUAGACAUUUCAUUUUGUGUUAUUUUCACAGCUCUGCGAUAUUACAUGCUAAUGUGUAUUUUUAUUGUCUUCAUCUGCAUUUAUUCUUUCUACUAGCACUUUCAUUGUAGUAUUUUUAUUUCUUUUAUUUCUUUGAGUCAUACUUGCUCAUUUUUAAGUGAUUAGGGGAGGUACAGUGGUACUGAGUUUUUAUUCAUUUUUUUUAAGUUUUAGAAUAAUUUCAGGCUAUGUCUUUGUCUGGUGGCAUACCUUAUAGCAUAGCAAUGUUAAAAUGCUGGAUAAAGGAGUCAAGGUAGGCUGGCCUUUGGUAUGAGGUUUUCUUUAUCUGGCUGGACUACAUCAGGGCAGUGUUCAUUGCUUGUAGCUUUGGUGUUGGAUGCUAGACUCCUUCUCCUCCCCUUGUUAAUGUCUCCACUGUGGCUUGGGCUUCUGUGGAGAGCUCUUUUAUGGGAUCUGAAACUUCAGUUCUUGUAACCACAGUGCGUGUUAUAUAGCAGUGCUAUAGAGUGAGGCUGGUGGGAGGGAGACCUGCUGCAGCACUGGUAGGGCCAGGUCUUUCAGUGAGUCUAUGUUGGGCAUCUCUCUUCCCUCUAUCAGUUAUGCUUUGGUAAAGAGCCCAGGUGAGGAGGUUCUGGUACAGCAGUCCUCUGAGGGCCAUCCCUGUUAGGAGAACAGCACUAUGGGACUCCUUUAGAAUGGCUGCCUUGUUGUUCAGUGCUACAGGGAUUUUUCUCCUCUCUGCGCAGUGUUGAGAUCUCCCAAAAUCCAGUCCCUCCAGGCAUUAUUAGCACUCACACCUGGCCCUGUUGAGCCACUUAUACUUCCUGAAUGAUCCUUGGAGUUUCCCUACCAAUCAUGACUCUAGCUGCUGGCUACUGGGCCUGGUAAGCUGUGACUCUGUAUCCAUAACCUGCCCUGACCUCACCUUUCUGCUGGAUCUAGGAAGAGUUGUUGGUUCAUAGUUUUAUUUAGCUUUUUUUCUUACUAUGAGUACAGGCAUGGUAAUUUUCAGGUCCCUAAUAUGUGUUAUCAGAAGCGGGAAGCCCUAUUUUAUAAUAGUUUGAAGUUAUAGAGAGAAAAAAGAUGAAGUUAGUACAGAUGUCAUAUACCUUCAUAGCUUCCCUUAUAUAAACAUCUCUCCAUAAGUAAAGUACAUUUGCCAUAAUAGUGAAAUAAGAUUGGUACAUUAUUAUUGACUGUAUUGCAUUCAGGUUUCCCUAGCUUUUACCAAACAUCCUUUUUCUAUUCCAGAAUCCCAUCUAGGGUACCGCAUUGCAUUGCCCCUGUGCCCCCUUAGCCACCUCCUUGCUGUGACAGUGUCCUAUACUUAAUUUGUGUGUGUGUGUGUGUGUGUAAUGACCUUGGCAUUUUGGAGUAAUACUGGUCAGGUAUUUUACAGUGUCCCCAGGUGAGAUUUGUCUGGUGUUUCCUGAUGAUUAGACAGUGAGGGUGAUGGGUUUUGGAGAAGGAGACCACAGAGGUAAAGCCCCAGCAUCACAACAUUGUCAUAAUUCAUUAUAGAGUUAUAUGCUGUUGGAACAACAGGAUGAUUUGUUCCUGUUGGUAUUGAACUUGGUCACCUGGCUGCUGUUCCUCUCCUGUAGCCCCCUCUUCUAUACUGUGCUUUGUGGAAGAAAGUCACUUAUAUAGAUACAUAGAUACAUAGAUUUUUUAAACUUAGUUUAUGUUUCUAUAUAAAGCCCAUCACCCUCAUUGGCUGUCUGGAGCUGUUUCAGCUGAUGCUUGUGUUUCUUUGAGUUGCCCCCCAUCUCUGUGUUUGAUUUAAGCACUUUCUUACUUUCUGGAAGUACAGCUUUUUUGGGCUCAUACUGUAUAUUCCUAGAUGUCGGUCUAACUAUUUCUCCCAGAGAUGGUUCACUUCUCCUUUCUCUCUACCCUUUAUGCUCUUUUCUUUGAAGCUGUGUAUCACUUGCUUCUUUGGAUCUUUUUAGGACACACUGUGAGCCUGUGUGACUCUGAACAGAUAUUUGCUUGACCUCAUCCCCAUCACCUCAGCCUGGUCUUCUGUAGUAUGUGUUCCGUGUCACCUUUUGCUUAGGUUUCAUUCAGUAUCACCUCACCGCACUCUUUUUAUGCAUAGUUGUGGUUUUAGUUUCUUCUGGUUAUUACUCUUCCUUAAGUUAAGUGUACUAAUUUUUGUGGGCAAAUACCCAGUGUCAUGGAAGUAAGGAGGAUAGAUACUGUGGAAGAAGACGGUGGCAAGCUGAGACAUUCCCACUGUUACUUAGAAGUUUUCUGGAAUGUUUUCCAUCCAUUAUUUCCCUUCACUCUGACCUCUGUUCUCUUGCUUCUUGGCUUUCAUGAGGGUGGUGGGGUCACUGGCAAGGGCCAAUAAAGCCUAAGCGCUGGUCUCUUCUGACUCUAGCAACCUGUCCCCUGGAAGCUACCAUCCCUAACCAUUUUGCUUUUCCUAGACUUAGAAUGCCUGAGAAUUUGGGUGAUUACUUUGGUGGAUGGCUUGCGAUACCAGAGGUGCAGGAUGGGAGAUGAGAUGUGGAAGGGGAGACUUGGGCAGAGUGUCAUCUUCCCUCAUCUGGUCCCUUCUGCAGGGGGAUGGCUCCAAUACUGCUUAACCAGCGAUUUGAGCUGUGGCCAUUUCCUGCUUUGCAGACAGAAUUUUUCCUUUUCUCUUACUACUUUUGCAUUGUUUUGUGAUACUUUUGGAAUGGUGAAGGGGACAUAUAAAGCCUUUGUUCUACUGUCUCUAUAACUAGAACUGGGCUAUGUCCAUUUUCAUGGUUUGUGGAAGACUGUUUUUGUUACAAACUUUUCAACCCAAGAUGUUCUCCAUAUAAGUUAUGAGGGGAAAUAAUGAUACUUGUGCUUUAUGAAAAUGAAAUCUGAUAGACAGAAAAUUCUUUUUUCCUCAUUACUGAAUGCCAGGUACCUUGAACAUUUUAUAUAAGUCAGAAAUUGUUACUUGAGUCCCUUUAGAAUUUAAUUGUUGUGAAGACUGUAGAACUUCAGGGGCUUUAAUUUUUUGAAAUAUAGAAUGCUCUAUUUCCUUUGUCGGGGCUUACAAAGGAAAUCAAAGAUGAGUCUGUGCACCUACAGAUUGUUUCUGACAGUACUUCCAUGAAAAUCAAAUCUCGACUAUCUGCCGGAUUGGAAAAAUGAGGCAAUAAAAAUGAAAAUGUGCAAAUAUAAAGUACUUGAGAGGAAAUGAAAAGGUCCGGAUAAUAUUGCUGAUUUUAUUUAAAAUUUUCUGUUUAGCCUAAGAAACUAAAGAUGUUGGAGUGGGGUGGGGGGUUAAGAGUGUAUACGUCAAGGAUGAUUCAGAAUCACCCUGCUCUGAGCCUCUCAUAUCCUCUUGAAGAUUUCAAAUUUGUUGGAAAUAUUACAUCUAAGACAGCAGCACUUUGAAAUACCAUAGGAAGCAUUUCUUUUCUUUUUUUUUCUUCAGUCUGGUCCUAUAGGCAUAAUUAUUUGGCCAGUUGCUCUUUUGAUCUUGGUAAAUUGUUCAUUUUGUAAGCUAUUUAGACAGUUUAAUUAAUUCACAAUUGAGAAAUGAAAUCUAAAGAGCAUUGCUUUGCUGUUCUAUUCUAAGACAAACGAGGCAAUUGCUUUGUACUUGUGGAGAAAGUUCAGGCCUUUUUCCCCCCUGGGCUUCUAUACUGUUCUGAGGGUUUCUGCUCUAUUAUUAUGUUCAGAAUAAAACAGCAGUUUCUCCUGUCUUCUUCUUCCUUGUUCUAUUUAGGCAACAGGUCAGCACCAGGUCCUCUUUUUAUUUUGCAAGGAUUCAUUUAUUUAUUUGAGUCAAAGAAGCCAAUCCAAAUAAGGAUGAUGAUGGGCUUUGUAACUUCUGGCAGAUGAGUUUAGGAAUGUGACUUUAAAAUCUGUUAUGUUGGCAGCUACCUGUCGUCCCCCAUUAUCCUCAGGAUAUAUGUUCCAAGUUCCCCAGGGUAUUUCUGAAACAAGUGCUGAGCCUAAAUAUGCUACACAAGUCAUACAUAUGAUAAAGUUUGAUUUAUAAAUUAUAAAUGAAUAACAGCAACAUACUAAAGUAGAAUGAUUAUAUUAUAUAUGUAAUAUAUAACAUAUAAUAUAAUUAUAUGUAAUAUUAUAUAUUAUAAUACACUAUAAUAAAAGUAUAAGAAUGUAUUUGCACAUACUCUCCUUCUAUCUCCCUCCUUCUCCAUCUCUCAUAGCUCAAAAUAUUGUCCUGUAGAUCAUAGCAAACUCAGCAUAUAAGUUUUUUCUUUCCUUAUAGCUUUUAUGUCGAUGUUUCUCCAAAGCCUCAUGAGCUCAUAGAUGAAUGUUUUGGUAUUUGAUACUGGAUUUUAAGUGUGAUAACUGGAUUAGUCCAUAGAUUGGUUUACCAUAGUUGUAGGUGAUAGAUUUAGUGAAGAAAGAAGCCCUACCCUGGGUAUGGGUGGCACCAACUAAUAGGGUUGUGGCCUGGAUAACAUAAAAGGGAAAGCAGAAGGAAGGGUGCUGCCUCCUGUCUGCCCUGCCAUGGACUGUUUCUACUCCGCCAUGCCCCUCUGCAAUGCAUCCCUAGCGUGGAGCCAGCAUACUUUGGGCUGAAGCCUCUAAAAAAUGUGAGCUAAAAUAGACCUUUCCUCCUUAAUCUGUGUGUUUUGUAUUUUAUCCCAGGAACAAGAAAGUAACUGCAACAUUUAAGUCAAGAACAUUCACCUUUUCAUUUAAAGGAAGUACUAUAGAUUUUCUUAGGUGCAUCUUAAUUGCUAGUGUCACCAUUUUUACAUUUUGAAGGCCAUUAUUAAGUAAAAUAAGGGUCACUUGACUGCGGGAGCUGCAGUAAUGUGGCAAUUGAUUUGAUAAAAACAGUCAGAAUGGCUGCUAAGCAUCUCACAAGUGCAUAGUUUAGACAGCAUGGAUAUGCUAGACAAAAGAAUGAUUCCCAGCCUGGGCAGGACAGAGUGAGUUCAUUUGAGGUUUCAUUACACCCUUUAUAGUGACAUGCAGUUUAAAAUUAUGAAUUGUUUAUUUCUGAAAUUUCCCAUUUAUUAUUUUCAGAUUGAGGGUAACUCAAACUACAGAAAUUAAAUCCACAAGUAAAAAAGAAAACUAUAUUUUUCCCAUAUGGUUUUCUAUGCCUACUAUCCCAUCUCCUCAGCUAUUUUA